CAGUCACUCUCUCUCUCUCUCUCUCUCUCUCUCUCUCUCAUCAAAUUAAAAGGGUCAUCUUUGUUGCUACAUUCAUUCAAUCCACCUACAUUACAUUAAUCUUCUUGUCGAUCUUGUCUAUUGUUAACAACAUGAACGGCGAAGAUGGAGUGAUGAAGAUGAUGAAAAGAGCAGAGAUAGAUACCAGGGCACCGUUUGGGUCCGUGAAGGAGGCUGUUAUGUUGUUUGGUGAGAGAGUUCUUGCUGGCCAUGUCUAUUCCCCCAACAAGCUCAAAGAGAUGCAAAAUGAAGAAAAUGGCAAUGGCCCUUCAGAGAUUGGGAAUGUUACAGCAGAACUAGAAGAAACAAAGCAAAGCCUCCAAAAAGCAAAACAAGAAGGUAUGCUAAUGGCUACUUGCCUGUCUUCCUUACAAGAAGAGCUCGAACGAACUAAACGCGAGCUCCAUAAACUGAAGGAAAGAGAAUCAGAAAAACAAGUAAUCAUGGAAACAGAGAUCGAUGAUGAAGACAUCAAGUUUGUCGAAGAUACUACAAAAUUUGAAGCCAAAUCACAUACUAGAGUUGAGUUCCAAAAGAAGAGAUAUGUGACUUUUGCUAAUCCUCCAUCAUUUGCAAAAGUCAUGGUACCACAAGGUGAUGCAGUGCUUCAAAGGCACCCUUCUCUUAGGAAGAAGGAGAAGAAACCGUUGAUCCCUCUAAUCCGGGGAAUUUUUUCGAGAAAGAAAGGAGGCUCUGAAGUUGCAUCGCUGUGAUCUUAAUUAAAUUUGAUGAGCACACAUAAAUAUGAAGCGAAAAUUUCAAAUUAACUUCAAUAAUCAUUAUCCAAACAUCAUCCAAUUUUACCAUGUUUAAUCAAAUAAUGGUAUCAUGUUCCGCAAAAUAAAGUUAGGAUUUUAUGAGCAAUGUAUGAAAUGUUUACUUUAUUUGAUGGAAAUCAACUUUGGGUUGCUUCUUCUUGUUCACAUUAUGUGGAAAUGAUCUUUGUCUGAUGUUUUGUUCCAUGUCCAAGUGUCUUUCCCACUCUUGCUGUACUUG